UGAUCGAAGUGAAGUUGGUUGAUGAAGAGAAGAAGGAUGGAGAGGGCGCGCACACAAGCGACAGCAGAAAGAGGGAGCGCGGAGGACAUUGCACUACCCUUCGUCUUCUAGCCACAUCCAAGGAGCACCUUCUACCAAAGGAAGACGGUUCGAGGUGAUCAUGGGCAUCGAACUUGACAUUUCCACCCGGCAAAGCACGUGUUUCCCUGGAGAUGUGAUUCAAGGCACCGUGCGCCUGAACGUGACCGCGAAGGAUGCCGGAUCGCCAGCGGGUUCGCUCGUGAUCCGGUUAGUCGGCCUGGCGAAGACUCGCGCCAUGUUCAUAGCGACGGGAGUAGUCCCCACCACAAGUGGCGCGGCUCCGUACACCUACCGCGACAUGCUGAGCGAGGACGUCGAGUUCCUCGGGUACGACGUCCAGCUAGCAGAUUUCGGUGGAAAGGCGGCCUCGGGGGAACACACCUACGACUUCUCCGUGACGCUCCCUCCGAGCUUGCCGGCGUCUAUGAAGGAACAAGGGGGGAAUGGGAGCUGCGCAAUCGCUUACGGGUUCAGAGCACGGCUGCACCGCCCAGGGUUGCUCAACUUCGAUGCCAAGGGAAAGGUGCAGCUGAAGGUGUUGGGUAAGCCGGAGGAGACCAGUGCCAGUUCGCCGGUAGUGGCGGGGCCAGCAGUGAAGGCCGUGAAGAAGUGCUACUGCUUGCAAAGCGGAAGCAUGAGCUUGGGCUUCCAGGCUGAUCGAUCGGUGGUGGGGCUGAACGAAUCGGUGGGUGUCAUAGUAGUGGCGCGGAACGACAGCUCGGUCGCCGUGAAAAAUCUGCGCGUCGAGCUCGUACAGGAGACGUCGUGGACCGCCAACGGCGCCGGUGACGUCAGCACGCGUGUCGUGAAAUCUGUUGUCGUGCCCGGAGCCGAACUGGGGGCCGCUGAAUUCGGAGGCCAGCGAGGACAAAGCGCGGCUGCAAUCGCGGACACGGCUCGGGCAGAUCUCGAGAGACAGCUCGCGUCUGGGGCCGGCACUCGCCACGAGCUCACGGUCCCCGCCGACACCUCGAUCACCCUGAACUCAGAGACGAUUCAGGUUAGGCAUGUGUUGACCGUGAGGAUCCAGGGACCGCGCUGCGUGGAAUGUCCUGACGUUUGGACGUCGUUGCACGUACAGCCCGGAACCUCCGGUGUGGUGCCGAAGGUACACGAGGAGACGAGCUCGCUCGCACCGUCUUCAACCGCCCGGCCCGUGACGGUGACGGUCCCGCCCAGCGCGGUCAAGCUGGCUUACAAUCACGAACAGCCGCGAACGUCAGGUACUGUCGGCAAGUACUUCUAGUUGGCAUCUUGUGUACAGUUUGAUGUCGCGUUGCUACGUCCGCCGGCUGUGGCCGCGGGUUUGUGGCAGUAGCGGUGGAGGGGCCAGCAGCUGGGCAGGUUGUUCCGCGUGAACGUUCAUUUGCAUGAACAUCGGGGAUCGUGAUGGAUAUCCCGCUGUUCGGGAGUCCCUACUGGCAAUGCGCAUGGGUUGUCGAAGGAGCACGCGCGAGCCACGCAUGGGGCAGGGGCGUAGAAAGGUACGCCAGUGCAGGGUGUUUGGGUGGUAGCUGCGUAGCUGCAGUGCCGCCGAUGCACGCAAAAGGACGCUUUCUGCGAUAUUUUGUCAAGUGUCUUUUCUACGGACCAGAGCGGGACACUCCGGGGAGGGUUGAUGUACGGGACCGGGAUGGUUGGUUGGACCACCUCAUGUUAUGUUUCCGCUCGACUCAAAAUAUAUGUAUAAUGUAGAUGCGUCGUCAAAACCGGUGUUCUGACUACCUCGUCCGGAGGUGGCCCUUCGUAAGGUCUGGGGCCUCUCGCGGCAAUAGACAGACGCUGCAAAAUUGCGGCGUAGUGUGGUGUCCUUUUAUUCGGGAGAGCGUUGUGCCCCCCCCAAACUUCAUGAACUCGUUGACUAUCCCAUUCGCUCCUGCUNUGGCCCUUCGUAAGGUCUGGGGCCUCUCGCGGCAAUAGACAGACGCUGCAAAAUUGCGGCGUAGUGUGGUGUCCUUUUAUUCGGGAGAGCGUUGUGCCCCCCCCAAACUUCAUGAACUCGUUGACUAUCCCAUUCGCUCCUGCUGUUGUGGCACUUCAGCUUGUUCACACACGCCUCAACCUCGUCCUCAGUGAACUCCUUCUCUAGUUUUACGUUCCCAACGUCUGCCUUCGAUGUCAUUUCUUCGUUUUGGGCCCAUGCAUCCACCUCCUUCUUAAACACUUGGUCACAAGCUUCAUUCUCCGAGGGGGGGGGGGGGGGGGGGGGGGGGGGGGGGGGGGGGGGGGGGGGGGGGGGGGGGGGGGGGGGGGGGGGGGGGGGGGGGGGGGGGGGGGGGGGGGGGGGGGGGGGGGGGGGGGGGGGGGGGGGGGGGGGGGGGGGGGGGGGGGGGGGGGGGGGGGGGGGGGGGGGGGGGGGGGGGGGGGGGGGGGGGGGGGGGGGGGGGGGGGGGGGGGGGGGGGGGGGGGGGGGGGGGGGGGGGGGGGGGGGGGGGGGGGGGGGGGGGGGGGGGGGGGGGGGGGGGGGGGGGGGGGGGGGGGGGGGGGGGGGGGGGGGGGGGGGGGGGGGGGGGGGGGGGGGGGGGGGGGAAGGAUAGGGUAGGGUACCGCCGCAUGCUGGUAGGACUUUCUUGGCACCUCCAAACACCCCCUUGUGUCUUGGUUGUUGAUGACGCGUACGGGCAGCUUAUGUACAUUGUUUUCGAUUGCAAGGCGUGUAAUGGUGUGUUCACUGCUCGGGUGUUCCCUGGCGCAUGACCAUAGGGUCUUUGCGCAUUCUACUACCUUAUUUUGUCUGUUUCUGUAAUCGCGCUAUUGUAGAUUCGGCGGAAGUAAAGUGAGAAAUGAAAACAAGCCAACCGUGGUGCC